CGCUCAUGAUGGAGCUGCGGCCCAAGAGGAAUUCAUGAGUUAAGUUUAUCGGCAAAUGAACAACAUGGCGAAUUUUGGGGCUUUGAAAAAUUUCUCUAGAUUUUCACCUUUCAUUCGAAAUGUCAGGCUAAAUCGAGCCGCUUUUAAUCAAGGGGCACGGUCUAUGACAAGCCAAGACACUAGAGAAGAUGAAAUGACACAUACUGGACAGAAAUUUGAAAAAGAUGAUGUACGACUGGUGAGGUUCGUUGAUAAAUCGAAAUUGGUCAACAAGCAGUAUGCGAUAGAUCUUAUUGAUGAAAUUCCACCCAAGGCCUGCGAAGAACGUGUCGUGUCUUGUGACGGAGGCGGUGGCGCACUAGGACACCCAAAAGUUUAUAUCAAUCUUGACCAGCCAGGGAACCAUGCCUGCGGCUAUUGUGGACUACGAUUCUUUAAGGAUGAUCAUCACUGAACUGGGAAAUGAAUUAAAUAGACAGUUGUAAAUAUCUAUGUAAAUAGUGAUUACAUCAUAUUGGAAGAUGUUGUCUUCAAAAGUUUGUUUUGUCAACAGAGGUGGACUUGCAAUUAAGACGAACUCGUCUGGUUCGAGUAGACCUGCUUCUCAACAAAUUGUAUUUGAAAAUAAUUCGCUUUGGUAACUAUUGGCAGAACCUUCUUGAGGAGAAGAUUAAGUUUGAUGUCCACACAUGUACUUUAGUCACGAUGGGAAAAACAAGUUGACUGUGUGUUCUAAUGUAGCACUGACCUCUGAAACCAUUUUGCCAUCAAACAUCAAUUCCAAAGUGUCAAGGUGAUAAAUAAAAUUAGUGUGAUUGUUGAUGAAA